CGCGUCCUAUUUCUCUUAUGGUCUAGUGCUGCCUCCGAUUCGCCUCUCCCGCAGUCUCCCAUUCCCCUUCAUCGCCACACCGGCUCUAGCAAUCGCUCGCUACCUUCGUCAUGCUGCACCUCUUCAUCUGUGUUUUUCAACUAUUGCUGUAAAAGCCUUUGAUUUUCACUCCAGGGGCCAUCAUUAGAGCUCAUGCUACCGUUUUCCCUUCGGUCUUGUGCUGCCUCCAGUUCGCCUCUCCCACAAUCGAUAGCUAUCUUCAUCAUUCUUUACCCUUCAUCAGUGUAGUUUCCCAUCUAUUGCUGUCUUGAACCUUUGAUUUACACUCCAGAAGCCAUCUUUAGUGUCUUUACCCAUCCAUUCUGUCUCAGUGUCCCCUCCAGAUACACUUCUUUGCAUCAUUUCCCAUAUUUGCUCUGUUAUAUUCCCUAUUUUCAUUCCUCAAAAAAGAAAAAAAAAUCCCAAUUUUCCUACCAUGUCUCUUACUACUUCCUAGAAAACAAAAAGAAAGAGAUAUAUACAUCCUCCCCCCUUAUCCCACGGUGUGCUUUCCAUGGCGGAGGUGGCGCUGGCUGUGGCUGGUGCACGGGCUGGCUUACAGUUGGUGGUAUCACCGAUCUUGAAGAAGCUCCUAGCUGACCCUGCAAGGUGCCUUGGUGUGGACAUGGUGAGUGAGCUCCAUGAACUGGAGACCAACAUCAUGCCACAGUUCGCUCUACUGGUUGAGGCAGCUAACAAGAGCCCUCACAGGCCAAUGUUGAACAACUGGAUCCAGCAGCUCAAAGACGCCUUCUGUAAAGCUGAGGACCUGCUAGAUGAGCAUGAGUACAACAUCCUCAAGCGCGAAGCAGAGAGUGGGAAGGAUUCUUUGAUAGAACAUGCAUCUUCCAGUAAUGCUAUUAUGAAGCAUGUGCAUACUGUGUCGAGCAGGCUGUCCAAUCUGUGCCCAAAGAACAAACAGCUGCUUGACCAGCUGAAGGAACUGAAGGCCAUCCUUGCGAAAGCCAGGGGCCUCCGUGAACUGCUUUGCUUACCUGCUGGUAAUAGUGUUGAGGCCUUCCCAGCACCGGCAUCUGCUAUUCCAGUUGAUACAUCAUUUGCACCACUAAAAGUGAUCGGCCGUGACAAGGAUCGCAAUGAUAUUAUAGAUCUUCUUACCAAGCCAAUUGAUGUUGAGUGUGAUACAAGCAGGUAUUCUGGUGUAGCCAUUGUUGGACUUGGAGGCAUGGGAAAAUCCACUUUGGCACGACAUGUUUGUAAUGACAAGAGGGUAAAAGAACACUUUGAGGUCAGGAUGUGGGUCUGCAUCUCACGCAAACUUGAUGUCUGUGGCCAUACACGGUUGAUUAUUGAAUCAGCAAAAGGAGGGCAGUGCCCACCCAUUGAUAAUCUUGAUACUCUCCAGUGCAUAUUAAGGGACAUACUGGAGAGUAAAAAAAGAUUCCUGCUUGUGUUAGACGAUGUCUGGUUUGAAGAAAGCACCAACGAGGUGGAGUGGGAAAAACUAUUGUCUCCUCUAGUAUGCCAACAGACGGGAAGCAAAAUUUUGGUAACUUCUCGAUCAAAUGUACUCCCAGCUCCUCUUUGUUGUAAUGAAAUUAUUCAUUUGAAAGAUAUGAAAGAUACUGAUAUCUUAACACUCUUCAAGGACCAUGCAUUUUCUGGUGCAGCAAUCGGGGACCAGAGGGUGCGUGACCAGCUAGAGACUAUUGCAGAAAAGCUUGCUAAAAGACUUGGAAGAUCUCCUCUAGCAGCAAAAACAGUGGGUUCACGGCUGAGCAGGAAAAAGGAUAAGGCUGCAUGGGAAGAUGCUCUAAGGACUGACAGCUUAAGCGACCCCAGUAGAGCACUUCUAUGGAGCUAUGAGAAGUUAGAUCCAAGUCUUCAGAGGUGUUUUCUAUAUUGUAGUUUAUAUCCAAAAGGCCACUCCUAUUUCAUUGAUGAUUUGGUUCGCAUGUGGGUAGCAGAGGGACUAAUUGAAUCCUGCAAUGUGAACAAGAGAAUUGAAGAUAUUGGGAGGGACUGCUUUGAUGAGAUGCUCUCAGUUUCAUUCCUUCAACCACUUUACACAUCCACAGGUGGCAUAUCUCCGUACUACUGUGUUAUGCAUGAUCUGGUUCAUGAUUUGGCAGAGUUACUGUCUGAAAAUGUCUGCUUUAGGUUAGAAGAUGAUAAGGUGGCAAAAAUACCACACACUGUUCGACAUCUAUCUAUCUGUGUUAGGACUUUGAAGCAACAUCAACACUCUAUUUGCGGGCUACAUAAUUUACGUAGCUUUGUUUGCAUUAAACCACUUACAGAUGAUGCAAGAGAUAUUUUCCAGCAGGUGUUGCAGAAUUUAAAGAAGUUGCGUGUACUCUAUUUGAGCUUUUACAACAGCAGCAAGGUACCUGAAUCUGUUGGUGAACUGAAACACCUUCGGUACUUGGACCUCAGAGGUACUUCAAUCUCUGAAUUGCCUGGAUCAUUGUGUGCUCUUUAUCACAUGCAAUUACUUAAGUUCAGUAGGAAUGUCAAAAAAAUUCCUGAAAAACUAUUCAGGUUAAAUAAGUUGAGAUAUCUUGAGGAUUGUGGCCAAAUCCCUUACAUAGGCAAGUUAACUUCACUCCAAUGUCUCAACCAAUUUUGCGUGCAAAAGCAGAUGGGCCAUGAGGUGCAGCAGCUGAAGGACAUGAACCACCUUGGAGGCAGUUUAAGUAUCCAAAAUCUCGAGAAUGUCCCCGGGAAGGAUCAAGCCUUGGAAGCAAAACUACAUCAAAAAAAUCAUCUUGAGAGCUUGCACCUUGAAUGGAGUUACAGAGCUGACAUGAGUUCACAUGAUAGUUUACAUUUGGAAAUUCUGGAAGGUCUGAUGCCACCGCCUCAAAUUAGGGGCCUUACUAUCAAAGGUUACAGAUAUGCAAAAUAUCCAGGCUGGUUACUCAGGGAUUCUUAUUUCCAGAAUUUGGAAUCACUUUCCCUGGUUAAUUGCAGCGCCAUAGAAAUCCUACCAUCCAAUCCCACUCUCCUUGGAAAUUGCUCCUCACUUUGCCUCAAGAAUAUCCCAAACCUGAAGACAUUACCUUCUCUUCCAAACAGCCUUGAAGAGUUAGCAAUUGAAAAAUGCAUGUUGAUUAUGUUUAUUUCUGAUGAUGAGCUAGAACAACAUGGCCAGAGGGACAACACCAUUAUGACAUACAACUUGAAGUCGCAGUUUUCUUCCAUGUGGGAGGUGGAUAUGGGAUCAAAUAUAAGGAAAGUACUAUUGUCGGAACAUUCAUCUCUGAAGUGGUUGAUCACUUCAAUGGAUGUUGAUAGUCCUCAUCUUCAAACUAUUGAAAGUACUCUAAAAAGAGAGGGUGAUGGUGUAUUGGAACAAGAGGAUAUCAUCAAGGCAUGGAUAUGUUGCCAUGAGGAGAGGAUACGGCUCAUUUGUACAAGGAACAUCAGCCUGCCACUGGUUCUACCAUCAGUGCUUUCUCGGCUUGACCUUUGUUCCUGCAUUAUUACGGAUGGAGCAUUAGCUGUUUUCCUUGAUGGUCUCACCUCACUGAGACGUUUAUCACUAAAAGAGAUUAUGACUUUAACUACACUUCCGUCAGAAGAUGUCCUCCAGCAGUUGACAAAGCUUCAGAACUUGUGCAUCGACUCGUGCUGGUGCCUUGGAUCAUUAGGUGGGUUACGAGCUGCUACCGGUCUUUCAGAAAUUUCAUUAUGGAGCUGCCCUUCUUUGGACUUCACAUGUGGAUCAGUUUUUUUGCCAUUGUCCCUUGAGAAGCUCUACAUACGACAUUGUGUGGUCGCAGCUGAUUUCCUCAGUAGUGACUUGCCACAACUGAAACUUAUUGACAUGGCAUUCUGCAGAAGCUCUUCAUCAUUGUCGAUUGGUCAUUCGACCUCCCUCAGAAGAUUGUCACUAGAAAAUCUACAGGACUUGUGCUUUCUUGAAGGGUUGUCUUCGCUGCAACUUGGCAGUGCAAUAUUUACACAUGUCCCAAACCUCAAUAUGAAGUGCAUCUCACAGCUGCAAGUCCAGGAUUACCUCUAUGUUAGCAGCCCCGUAAUGCUCAACCACAUGCUCUCUGCUGAAGGUUUUAAUGUUCCAAGACAUUUUGGUCUUAUAGGAUGCAAGGAGUCCUUUUCAUUUGAGGAGUCAGCAGAUUUAUCAUCUGUCAUCACCCUGUUAUUUAUGGAUUGUGAAAUCAGUUCAUUGCCAGGAAAUCUGAAGUCCUUUUCAUGCCUGACGAUGCUGCGAAUUGUAAGAUGCUCCAAUAUAUCAUCAUUACCUGAUUUGCCUUCUUCCCUCGACCAUAUAUAUGUGCGGGAUUCUGAACUCUUGAAGAAGAGCUGUCAAUCACCUCAUGGGGAAAGCUGGCCAAAGAUCGAGCAUAUCCGCUCAAAACUGUUUUAUUAAUCUUCAUCCAGAUUUGCAACUGUAUAGAAACAGAAAGCAUGGCUCCAGGGACCACACCUCUUGUCCACUGUCUCUCAAUGAGGUGGAGUGAGUUUCUCAGGCUCUCAUCAUGCCGUUCAGCUCUCCCAUGUGUCGUAGGUCGACCCCUCAGUUUACUCCAUCGCCGAUUUCUGCAAUUCUUGCCAAGACGUGUACAUAAAUAUGUAUGUUGUUAUAUUAUUACGGUUGUUUUGUUAUCCUUGGAGUGUCACAUUUGGUAGGUACUGGUUGUAGCUGCUAUCUUUUGUAUGCUGUGGUCGUACCUGAACUUGGGUAGUUUCUUUUGGACCAACGUGGAGGUUGCUUUAUUUAUCCUUUGGUAUAGAAUAAGGUUAUUUAUCUAUACAUUAUUCACUCAAUCUGUUUA